UCUGCACAAUUUUAGUGUAUUUAGAAAAAUACAGAGCCGAUGAGAGGCAACGGGCUGGAGGUGAAACAUGCUUUACAAACCUUCGGCAGUGUAGCGCAAACAUGCUCGUGUUGUGGUACAGAUGAGCAACACUUUUAGCAACAAUCAAGAACAACGCGGUGCUUGUGAACGCAACUUCAUUUACGUUCAUGCGCUUAUCAAACUACAAAACCUCACUCGCUUCAAAAACUACAAAUAAAAUGUGACAUCAGAACUCCUCAGAGUGACACGGACAGCAGACUGCUAUGGAGAAGUUUGUGGCUCUGGGAAAGAAAAAGGGAUCUGACAGCAGCGACGCAAGAAUUCAGAGGAAGAAGAUUAAACUGGAGAGUGGUGAUGAGCAGCAGCAGGAGGAGGGGGACGAUGAAGACGAACAUUCAGCUUUAGCAGAGUUUUCUCAUCCGGUUCCCUGGCAGAAAGUCGAAGCAGAGGGACUGGACUGUGAUUACGCUCAGCUGUUCUCUAAGGAGGAGGCCGACCAGCUUUUUAAACGUCUGGAGGAGGAGGUGGUGUACUCAACAGGGGAAGAAGCAAAGGUGCAGGUGUUUGGAAAGGUGUACAAUAUACCGAGGAAGCAGGCCACAUAUGGGGAUGAAGGUCUAACUUACACUUACUCUGGAGUGACUCGUUCAGCGUGUUCAUGGACUCCAACCUUGGAAUACAUUCGAGAUGCUGUGACAAAAACAACGGGACAAACAUUCAACUUUGUUCUAGUAAACAGGUACAAAGACGGCCAGGAUCACAUGGGGGAGCAUCGUGAUGAUGAGAAGGAGCUGGACCCCCUCUGCCCCAUUGCCUCGGUCUCUCUGGGAGCAGCUCGAGACUUUAUCUUCAGACACAGAGAUGCUCGGGGGAAACGGGGCCGCCGACAGAUCGAACCUGUGAAGCUGGAGCUCGCUCAUGGAAGUCUGCUCCUCAUGAACUCGCCCACCAACACCUUUUGGUACCACAGCCUCCCCGCUCGCAAGAAGAUCAUCCUACCUCGCAUCAACCUCACCUUUAGACGCAUCCUACCAGACAGAAAGAGAUGACCAAGAAAAAGAGGGCUAGUGGCCAAGGAGUCAUUGACUAAGAUUCACUGAUUCAUUUGUAAAUUCACUCAUUUACAAAUUUAAAAAAAGUGUGUUUUAAAGAAGGUUGUUACCAUAUCAGAUUUUAAAACUUUGAUACAAUACCAGUUAAAUCAAAUGAUAUCAAGACCUGUUUCAAUACCACGGCAACAAAAAUAGAAGUCCUGGGCACUCGGUAUUGGUUCAUUUCUUGUUUUCAAUGAUCAAACAUUGCAGGCCAUCUUCUGCAGACCGUCUUAAUUGCACUAAUACAUUGGCAACAUUUCGGUACUAAAACGUUGCCAAUGUAUUUGUGCAAUUUAGCUAGUGUGCAGGAGUUUGCCUGCAAUAUUUGAUGCAUUCAUUUCUGUCGUAAGCACCUGACUAAGAAAAAUAGAUGUAGGUUACUUUGUUUUAAAAGCUUUAGCCCUGGGUUGGCCUAGUGGUUGGUUCAGGCGUCCCAUUUGUGGAGGCAUCGGUCCUCAGAAAAAAAAAAAAAUAAUAUAUAUAUAUAUAUAUACAUGUAUCGUUUUAAAUGGUGGUAUCAGAGUAUCGUUCAUUUUGGCAGCUUUCAUUUGUAAUGAAGAAGCUGAAUGAUGGCAUAAGAGGAUAUUAUUGAAAUCUGCCAACUGGGGUUUUCCAUUCAAAUUUUGGUUAAAAGUCCAAAACUUUAGACUCACUAAGUUUUUAAUCAACUUCAGCCUCAUCAGCAUGUUUACUUUUGUAACGCUGCUGUCAAUGUUCGUGAGGAAAGAAGCAAUAAAAACCAGCUGUUGUAAAGAAAA